AUGGGAAAGAAAGCAAAAUCUCGAAAGACAUUCAGCGACGGUGAUGACAUCAGCCAACCUCCCUCCUCGCGGUCGGUGGUAGUUCAACUUCACCCUGACAGCCACGAUCACGAAACGCCAUGGACGAUGCCUGUACUCAAUGUGGGCGGGGACAUGUCUGAUUCUAUGGACAAACGCAUGGCUAUCAAAACACGAUCGGAAUCGUCGACAUCAUUGGAUCCCCCUCCAUACGUGCCCAACCGGUCCGAAUUGCUCGAUAAGGGUGCCCUGGACCGAGAAAACUAA